AUGAGGCCUGGAGGUUCCCUGAACACCAUGGAUAUAGGGAUCCAGCCAGGAUUUGAUAGCCCAGCACUCAAGAAGGAAUAUAGGCUCAGGGCGAAGAACAAGAACAAGUACAUGCUGGCCUACUGCCACUGGCUGGUGUUCAACAAGGAUAUCAACCAGAUGUUCUCAACCUUUGUGAUUGGCAUGAAGUAUAAUCCACAGGUCCUGACUGUCAAGGCUUUCAAGCAAGGUCUGCAGGACUGGUAUUCUGCACCCCAGCUGACCAGUAUCAUCACUGCACACAUCCAGAAUGAGGGAUAA